AUGAACACCGACGACUGCUUCCGGCACUUCUUCCUCAACACUACAGAACAAACACAGCUUAGUGCUUUUUUGAACCAGACCGCUGACCACAUCCUCAAGCCUUUCCCAGUGGGAUUGGCCAGCGAUGUGGGGCUAUUUGUUGCAAAUUCCGCCUACACGGGUAAUGCCACUUUCGCCGCAAACUUCUCGAGGGGUGAUUACCAUGAUACUGUAGUAUGGGGAUGGCAAUUGGCUAUGAUGGGGUCUGGAUUGGGGAGGCAGCUUAGAUGGUGCGCAUCUGGUGACGUCCCAGACUUUUUCAACGAUACAAACCUAUACGACAAAGCUUUGUCGGCUUACAACCGCCUCUGGGAGCUCACAGAGGCCACCAUUGUACAGCUUAGCAGCAAGGUUUCAAGGCAACACCACUCGGCUCCAUCAUGUCUACUGAGAGCAACAUUUGUCAACUCUGGAGCCUUACAUUCUUGGCCGUCAAGAAAGAGAGUUUUGGAAGCAGCGAAUAGAUGUAGCUGGCUUUCUGCUUGCGCCAUUUCUGAUGUUAAAUAA